AUGGUUACUCAAGAUGAGCCAGAUGAUCCUCUUCCACAAGAAAGGGAAAUAUUGAAAACUAAACGAUGUUCCUAUGAAGUGGUUCGAUUGAUUGGGAAGGGAGGCUAUGGAGCGGUGUUCGAGAUUAUUAGGAAAUCGGAUGGAGAGCAUUUGGCUAUAAAAUGCGAAAAAAUGACAAAUAGACGAACAGUACUAACAAUGGAGAAGAAAGUACUGAGCGGAGCUCGGCAAAUCAAUAGCCUCCAUUUCUGUACAAUUCAAGACCGCGGUACACUACAAGACCGUUUCAAAUUUGUAAUCAUGCAGCUUGUUGGUCGUAAUUUGUGGGACUUGAGGAUAUCAACUGAAGAACUCAGGUUCAAUAUAGGGACUUCUCUGAAAGCUGCUACUCAGUGUCUUAUUUGUAUCGAACAAAUCCAUAGGAUUGGAUUCCUUCAUCGUGACAUCAAGCCUGGAAACUUUGCUGUCGGUAGACAAGGCCAAAAAGACCUUCACACUAUUUAUAUGCUUGACUUUGGGCUAUGUCGGAAGUUCUCUGUCGUGAAGGAUAAAGAUGUCCGCAUGCCUCGCGAUAUAGUUCCUUUUCGAGGUACAACCAGAUACGCACCGUUAGCCGCAAUGAAACAUAUUGAUCAAUCUCGUAAGGAUGAUUUAGAAGGCUGGUUGUAUAUGGUAGUAGAAUGGACUUGUGGCAGAUUACCAUGGAGUCAAUACAAAACCGAUAACAGAGAUGAGGUGCUCAAAAAGAAGGAGGAGUUGCGGACGGACCCCAAAGCUCUUGAUAAGUUUCUCAGUCGUUGUCCUAAGAGAGAGUUCAUCAAGAUUUUGAAAUACUUAGAUGAACUGACUUAUUUCUGUAUCCCCGAUUACAAAUUCAUUUUUGACGUCAUCUUGCAUGCUAUGAAGACAAACAAAGUCAGAUACGCAGACCCAGUGGAUUGGGAUCCGAACAAUGCUUACACUGCUCCUUUCGAACAGCCUGGUGAAGGAAAACCUGAUUUAUGGUCAGUAGAUCGCAAGAAAGAGCAAAAAACACAAGAGGAAGUAUAA